AUUCUUGAUCGCUUUUUGGUUCACACGCGGUCCAAAUAUUUUUCCUCUCUUCUUCCACUUUGUGAUUUUCAAAGUCACACUCCAACACUUUCUAUCUCUCUAUAUAUAUAAACUCGUAAUCCCUCUUCUCUUCAUCUAUAUAAUAUUGCUAGCGACACUCUGAAUUUUUCGACUCUGUUCCUUCAUCAUAACUGAGGAGAGAAACAUGGUUAGUCAUGAAGGAGAACUUAAAAUAAGUUUUGGCUAUCAAUGCAAUAGUGAUAGAGCUUUUCCUUGUGAGAUCGGCAACGGCUACAAAAGCCUUCCCGAACUCCGUCGAACAAGUAGUUUCUCUUGUUUGUCAGGUGCAGCCUUAAGCGCAAAUGCUACUCUAGCCAACACAAACAUAUGCAAUGGUAAGAUAGGAGGUGAAAUCCUUCCAAGUUGGGACUCUCCUAAUUCAUUUCGUAGAAUACCUUCUUCCCCAAGUCUUUCAAGGCUCGACAGAUUAUCAUCUUCCCUUCCAAGUACUUUGUCUUACCUAAGUUGCAGUCCUUCAACUCCCAGUGAUACCCUUGAAUAUGCGAUAGAUCGUUCCAGUAGUGAAGGUUUUCUUAUUGCCAAGGAAGUUCAAGUAGCAGGAGGAGCUGCUGGUGAAGAUAGAGUUCAAGCAGUCUGUUCUGAAGAAAAUGGUUGGCUCUUUUGUGCAAUUUAUGAUGGCUUUAAUGGAAGAGAUGCAGCCGAUUUUCUAGCCGGUACCUUAUAUGACACCAUCAUAUCUUACCUUGAUAAGUUAAUUUGGGACUUGGAGCCGGGUUCCAUCGCGGCUUCCAACCAGGCGGGUUUGGGUGAAUUUCUUCAAUAUAAGUUGAAUGACAGUCUUAAUUGUAAUGAGGAUCAUUCUCUGUCAAGAACAUCGUGCGAGUCUUUUUCGCACGGGGUGCUGGAUAGCCUCGAACGUGCUCUUGAACAGGCUGAGAAUGAUUUCUUGUACAUGGUUGAGCAGGAAAUGGGGGAACGUCCAGAUUUAGUUUCUAUUGGAUCUUGUGUUUUACUUUUGCUUCUUCAUGGUAAUGAUUUGUACACACUGAAUCUUGGCGACAGCAGAGCAGUUUUGGCAACUUGCAGUACAGAUGAGAGAAGGAACAAGAGUGAGAGACUCAAAGCUAUACAGCUUACAGAUAGUCACACUGUUGAUAAUGAAUCUGAAAGAGCUAGACUCCUGGCUGACCAUCCUCAUGAUCCCAAGGUCGUCGUAGCAGGAAAAGUGAAAGGUAAAUUGAAGGUUACUCGAGCGUUCGGAGUCGGAUACUUGAAAAAGAAAAUUUUGAAUGAUGCUUUGAUGGGAAUCCUUAGAGUUCGUGAUCUUACAAGCCCACCAUAUAUUUCCACUCAACCGUCACUGAAUGUCCAUAAAAUCUCAAAUUCUGAUCAGUUUGUUAUAGUUGGGAGUGAUGGUUUAUUUGACUUCUUCAGCAAUGCAGAGGCUGUGAAGCUUGUAGAGUCUUAUAUCUUAAGCAAUCCUUUUGGUGAUCCGGCGAAGUUUCUCAUAGAGAAGCUUGUGGCUAGAGCAGCUGAUUCCGCAGGUUUCAGCAUGGAAGAGUUGAUGAAUGUUCCGGCUGGGAGGCGAAGAAAGUACCAUGAUGAUAUUACUGUCAUAGUGAUCAUGCUUGGGAUGAAUCAGAGGACUUCAAAAGCUUCAACUUGCAUCUAAGAUGCUCUUUGCCGUGUAGCAUUUGAUAGGAUCAAUUUGUGUUAUCGAAAGUGUAUAUAUGCCAUUUUACAAGAACUAUUGGGUACUUAAUAUGUAAAAUAUAUUCAUAUUUGUGUGAAUCUUAUUUUUUAAAUUCAUAGUCACAUAAUGUCAUGUGAUCAAAAUUACUAUUGUUUA